GCUACGCUGAGUAGCCGCUGCGGUGGAUCUGGUCUGUCUCCGACCCUUGUCUACACUUCUGGUCGACCCCUCGGACCCUCCAAAGCCCAGGAAGGAGGCCACUUUGGGCCAGGUGCCAGCUCAGCGAGGCGGCCCCGCAACCCGGAAAGGCAGCGCAGCGGAGUCCGGAGCCGGAUCCUGCUGGAACCCGGCCCCCGCGGGCCGGCGCCGCGGGCAUGUCGGAGGCGCGGAAAGGGCCGGACGAGGCGGAUGAGAGCCAGUAUGAUUCCGGUAUCGAGUCUCUGCGCUCUUUGCGCUCCCUGCCCGAGUCCACCCCGGCCUCCGGGCCCUCCGACAGCGGCAGCCCCCAGCCCUGGACCCAGCCCCGGGGAAACGCCAAGGAGCCACAGGAGAAGGAAGACGCGGAUGGGGAGCGGGCUGAUUCUACCUAUGGCUCCUCCUCACUCAUCGAACCCCUGCCUUUGCUGGGGGGCGCCGAGGCCGAAGACCCUGCCCCAGGCUCGCCGCUCCUCCCCGCGGGGGCGCUGAGCCCUCAGCAGCUGGAAGCACUUACUUACAUCUCCGAAGAAGGAGACACGCUGGUCCACCUGGCAGUGAUUCACGAGGCCCCAGCUGUGCUGCUUUGUUGCCUGGCUUUGCUGCCCCAGGACGUCCUGGACAUUCAGAACAACCUUUACCAGACAGCGCUUCACCUGGCUGUACAUCUGGACCAGCCGGGUGCAGUUCGGGCUCUGGUGCUGAAGGGGGCCAGCCGGGUGCUACAGGACCGGCAUGGUGACACAGCCCUGCACGUGGCCUGCCAACGCCAGCACCUGGACUGUGCCCGCUGCUUGCUGGAGGGGCGGCCGGAGCCAGGCAGAGGACCGCCUCACUCCCUAGACCUCCAGCUGCAAAACUGGCAAGGUCUGGCCUGUCUGCACAUCGCCACCCUGCAGAGGAACCGGCCACUGAUGGAACUGCUGCUUCAGAAUGGAGCUGACAUUGAUGUACAGGAAGGCACCAGCGGGAAGACUGCGUUGCACCUGGCUGUGGAAACCCAGGAGCGGAGCCUGGUACAGUUCCUGCUCCAGGCUGGUGCCCGGGUGGAUGCCCGUAUGCUCAACGGGUGCACUCCCCUGCACCUCGCAGCUGGCCGGGGCCUCAGCAGCAUCUCAUCCACCCUGUGCGAGGCAGGAGCUGACUCGCUGCUUCGGAAUGUGGAGGAUGAGACACCCCAGGACCUGGCUGAGGAUCCCUUUGCUCUUUUGCCCUUCGAUGACCUGAAGAUCUCAGGGAAGCCGCUUCUGUGUGCUGACUGAAGCCCAGGCAGGGUCUGGGGCCCUGGGGUGCCUCCUCUUCCCAUCUGGAAGCUGAAGCCACAGCUGCUGCAGUUUGGGCCCAGGCAAUGUACCAUUCUGGUGCCUUGGGGAUUGCAGGGGCCACAGCCUGGGGCCAGCACAGUCCUGAGCUGAGAGGAGGGAUCAAAAGGUAGAGAGAGCCAGUCUGGAAGGACAAGCUUCCCCAGUGGAUGGAGACUCUCAGAAGACCCCCAGAGGUAUCCCAGGCAUCCUGGGCGAAGCUUGUUUGCCCCUCUGGAAGAUGGCAGAGGCUCCUGUUUCUGCCCACGUUGGAUCAGCCGAAAAUUGCCAACCAGUGCAAAAACAUGGACUCUCCUGAGUGAGAGAGGCUGAAACAUAAGCAAGCAGGACCCUGAGGGGGUCCCAUCUUACUGCUGUUGAGGACUCUAAAAGACUUGUUUAAAGACUUCAUGCAGAAAGCCCUGGCUGAAAUGAGCCUUUGGGGGAGGGGAAGUUUCAGUAAUAUGACACUAAAAUGGUAGACUUUUUAAAAGUUUUCCCCUCUAGAGUUGUUUUGUGCGUAUGCAUAUCUAUGUGUGUGUGUUGGGGAUUUUUAGACAGGCCUGCCCUGUGACCUUGUGGUAGAAGCAGAGGGAGAGAAAUUGUCCCCUGGGCAGGGUAGGGCCUUAGUGGGUGGGGGUGGAAUACAGUGGGUAAUAAUCCUCAGGCCCUCCUUUCUUACAUCUCAGACACCUGUCCUUUCUAUGGAAAUGCAGGUGGAGAGAAGGAGGGAUGGGAAGACACAGGCCCUGGAGGCCUCGUCACUCUCCUGGCAGCUGCCAUCUGGAAGAGCUAGUUUAGGGAGGGUGGGCAACAAGGGAGCUGUGACUUAAAAAAUUUUUUUUUCCUCUUUCCACACCUGUUUGAGGACCCUGCGAGGUCAGGCCUACGCUGGGGUGAAGAACAUGGGGGUGUAAACCAACAAGGUGUCUGUCACUUGGAGCUUAUAGUCUAGUGAGACAGUCCUGAAAAUCAUAAACUUACAAGUAAAUAUGUGAUUAUAAGUUGCGGUAAGUGCUGUGAAGGAAAAGAAUAGUGAGAAUGAAAAUGCUUUGGGUGGUCAGGGAACUCCUCUUAUUUCAACUCUGACGACAUAAGGAUGAGUAAGGGAUGACUGCGGACUGCAUUCAGAAGACCGGCCUCUGGUGAAUUAGAGGAACUAAGAGCAGACCAGUGGGACUCUACGCCGGGUAGGUGAGUGGGCGAGGAGGACAGGGGCCAAGCCAGGCAGAGCCUUGAAGGUCAUGGGGAGUGGGGGACAGGAUUGCUGACCCAGACAAAAAGGGAAGGGGGCAUCUCCAUCCUGUCAGAAAGCAGGAAAACUAAUACAAGGGGAAGUGCCUGGAACGCAGAAUCUCAAUGCCCACGUCCAUAAUAUGGCAAUGGUCACCAUCACCUCCCGGGAUGAUUGUGAGCGUUAAAGGCGCUCACAAAGCAGAGGGGAGACACCGGGAGGGCGCCCUUCAAAGGCUGGGGGCUCCCCGCUUUCCCCUCCCAGGAAAAGCCUAGCUUCCCGGAACCGAGCCGCGUCUCCCUCCGGGCCGCGCGAGGGCGCUGUGGCCGGCGGCGGCCUGGGGCGCUACAUGGUCACGGCGCGGAGCGGAGGGGCAGC